CGAUCUGGAACAGAGCCCUAGUCGGAUGAAUGUCUUCGAAUGGCGCUUUCCCGUCUCCUAGCUCUAUAGCUGUAAUACCUGGUGGCAACAAAAUAGAAAUGGAGAAGAUGAGUGAGUCGAUGAAGAGAAGGGCGAAUGAAAUUACGGAAGACCUAUUACCAACCAAAUCGAGGAAAAGAUAUGACGAUGCUUACGAAAAAUUUGUUCAAUGGCUGAAUGAAGAGAAAAUUGUGCCUACAGAAGUGUGUGAUGAAAUUUUAUUAGUGUAUUUGUCCAAUUUAUCUAAAGUAUGUAAAGCUAGUACAGUUUGGUCCAAGUUUUCGAUGAUUAAGAGUUGUCUCAAUGUGAAGCACAACAUUGACCCAAAAUCAUUUACACGAUGCACUACAUUUCUGAAAAAGCUCAAUGUCAACUACGAACCUAAAAAAUCAAACGUUCUGACAGGUAACGAAGUAGUGAAGUUCAUGAAAGAAGCUCCAGACAGCGAAUGGCUUCUAACAAAGGCUAUUAUGGCUUUGGGUAUUUUUGGAGCUUGCCGAAGAGAUGAUCUUUUACAACUAAAUGUCGAUGAUAUUAAAGACAAUGGUAGUUUUAUCGUAGUUUUCCUUGAAGAAGGAAAAACUCAUUCGAAGAGAAGCUUCACAAUAACUGAUGAAGAUUGCCCUUUCAGCCCUUGUGAAUUGAUUCGCAAAUACAUAUCACUUCGUCCAUCAACUAUGAUAAGUAAAAGAUUAUUUAUAAAGUACAACCAGGGAAAGUGUUCAUCUCAGCAUGUAGGUAAAAAUACUAUAGCUGCUGUGCCAAAGAAAGUAGCUCAGUACCUUGGACUUGAUAAGCCUGAAAGUUAUACCGGCCAUGCACUACAACGAACAUCAGCUUCAAUGUUAGUUGAAGGUGGGGGCGAUUUGCUCACUUUAAAACGACAUGGAGGCUGGAAAUCUUCUUCAGUUGCCGAGGGCUAUAUUGAAGAUUCAAUUGCAAGGAAGGUUGAAGUGUCAAAAAAGCUCUUCAAUAGUAUUGACCGACACACUACCAGUUCGACUAUAACAUCGAAUUCCGAGGCACGUGCCCUAGACGAAGACGUCAAUAUUGUCGACGAGAACAAAAAUGAAGAGAAUGAGGAAGAAAACAGAGACAGUUUUUUUACUCUGGAUAAUAUUUUUGGAAACAAAAAUCAAAGCACAAGUAGUACCGGUACAGCUGAGACUGUGAAUACAAACAAUUUGAAUUUACAUGUGACAUCUCAGAGAAAAGUAGUGGAAUCUGCUAGAGGAUUCAUGUUCUCAAAUAACCACAACUGUACAUUCAACUUUUAUUUAAAUAAUAAAGAAUAAAAUAAUAGAAAUUUGUUGUGUAAAAAGUAUAAUGAUUAUUUAAUUUAUUUUAUGUGAAAAACAAAGAAUUGA